UAUAGAAUGCAGAGUAACAGUGUCAGAUAUAAAGGUAAUCUCAUUGUAAUGUGGCACCUGUGAGACGUCCAUCCCUGCAGGUAUACGUUUUGUUCAUGUGAUAAAUUUGCCAGUGUCUUAUUACCACGCAAUACAAGGGGCAGUUACAGUUUGGUGAUGGUGCAAUACUCUGACCUAACAAGGAUGUCCAACUGCACCACUCCCACUUGUUUAACCUGUUUGCUGUGAUUGGUCAAGCAGCCCCUCUUCCUGUCCUCUUCAGCCUGUGAGUAAUCUUCUACUGCUACAUCCUGUGGUGAUGAGCUAAUCCAGUCCAACCCGGUUAAAAGUGGAAUUUUUCAUUGGUGACUUUAUGAAGAGAAAGGAUCAGAAAUAGUCUUUGGUGAGAAAGAAAUUUCAACUGCCCAAAUAAAGUUACUGACUUGACCAAUAACUUUUCAGCUAGAAGAUGGAAGCUUCCACUCACACCGAUCCUGUCCCAACCAAGAUAACAGCUCAGACAGGGGGAAACAUCUGUGCUCCUCUUCUCCAUGGAAAUCAUUUUCAAGGCUCGGUUACAGUUGUGAACAUAACUGGAGGUCAGGAAGCUUCUAGUUUAAGUAUAAGCAAUGUUCAGGCUGAAGGCUCUCCCGAUGCUCCUGCUCUCAGUGAAGAUUUGUUGGCUCUCUAUAAACAAAAACUGAAGAAGAAAUUUCAAAGUAUUAAUGAAGGAAUCUCCCAAUUUGGAAAGACAGCAAAUCUGAAUGAGAUCUACACAGAGCUCUACAUCAUAGAGGGAGGGAGUGGAGAGGUCAAUGAUGAACAUGAGGUCAGACAGAUUGAGGCAGCAUCCAGGAGACCAGCAACACUGGAGAAGCCCAUCAAAUGUAAUGACCUCUUUAAAGACAGACCCAUCAGAACUGUGCUGACUAAAGGAGUUGCUGGAAUUGGAAAAACAGUCUCUGUGCAGAAGUUCAUUCUGGACUGGGCUGAAGGAAAAGCAAACCAGGACGUCCUCUUCAUAUUUCCUCUUCCUUUUAGGGAACUCAGUUUGAUAAAGAAAAGGCUCAAGCUGAUGGAGCUUCUUCAUUGCUUUUUCCCAGAAGCAAGAAGGAUAAAAUCAAUGGAUUGUGAUGCCCACAAAAUCUUGUUCAUCUUUGAUGGUCUGGACGAGUGUCGACUUCCUCUAGAUUUCCAGAACAAUGAGAGCCUGUGGGAUGUAACAGAUUCAGCCUCAGUGGAUGUGCUGCUGACAAACCUCAUCAAGGGGAACCUGCUUCCCUCGGCUCUCCUCUGGAUAACCUCUCGACCAGCAGCAGCCAAUCAGAUCCCUCCUGAGUGUGUUGACCUGGUAACAGAGGUACGAGGGUUCAGUGACCCUCAGAAAGAGGAGUACUUCAGGAAGAGAAUCAGUGACCAGAGCCUGGCCAAUAAAAUCAUCUCACACAUGAAGUCCUCAAGAAGCCUCUACAUCAUGUGCCACAUCCCAGUCUUCUGCUGGAUUGCAGCCACUGUUCUAGAGAGAGUGUUGGGUGGAGCAGAGAGUGGAGAGAUCCCCAAGACUCUGACUCAGAUGUUCACCAACUUCCUGAUCUUUCAGAUUAAACACAAGGACCAAAAGUACCAUGGGAAAUAUGACACUGAUCUUCAGCAGACCAGAGAGAUGAUUCUGGCCCUGGGAAAACUGGCUUUCCAACAGCUGGAAAAGGGCAAUCUGGUCUUCUACGAGGAAGACCUAAGAGAGUGUGGCAUUGAUGUCAAACUAGUGUCAGUGUACUCAGGAGUUUGUACCCAGAUCUUCAGAGCAGAGUUUGGGCUGUACCUGGAAAGGGUGUUCUGCUUUGUUCACCUGAGUGUUCAGGAGUUUCUGGCUGCUUUAUAUGCAUUUCUCUCCUUCAUCAGUAAAGAUGUAACAGAACAGGUAACCAUGGAUCUCACUGAUAUUUUCAAAAAGUCCAAUAUGUCAGACUUCCUCAAGUCUGCAGUAGACAAGGCCUUACAGAGUGAGAAUGGACACCUGGACCUUUUCCUCCGGUUCCUUCUGGGCCUCUCACUGGAGUCCAAUCAGACUCUCUUACGAGGCCUACUGACCCAGACAGGAAGCAGGUCUCACAGCAAAGAGGAAACAGUCCAGUACAUCAAGGAGAAGAUCAGGGAGAAUCCCUCUCCAGAGAAAUCCAUCAAUCUGUUCCACUGUCUGAAUGAACUGAAUGAUCAUUCUCUGGUGAAGGAAGUCCAAACAUAUGUGAAUGCAAGAGGUUACAGUCGUCUCAGUGGUACCAGUCUGUCUCCUACUCAGUGGUCAGCUCUGGUGUUUGUGUUGCUGAACUCAGAAGAAGAGUUGGAUGAUUUUGACCUACUUAAAUAUGAUCCAUCAGAAGAAGGACUCUUGAUGCUCCUGCCAGUGGUCAAAGCAUGCCAGAAAGCUAUACUAUGUGAGUGUAAUCUCACAGAGAAGAGCUGUGAAAUUCUGUCUUCAGCUCUCAGCUCAAGCUCCUCAAGUCUGAGAGAACUGGACCUCAGUUACAAUGAACUGCAGGAUUCAGGAGUGGAGCUGCUCUCUGCUGGACUGGAGAAUCCAUCCUGUAAACUGGAGAAACUGAAGCUGUCUAAUUGUGGUCUCACAGAGAAAGGCUGUGCAGCUCUGGCUUCAGCUCUUAGCUCAAAGACCUCAAGUCUGAGACACUUGGACCUGAGUUACAAUGAAACCCUACAGGAUUCAGGAAUGAUGAUGCUCUCUGCUGGGCUGGGGAAUCUACACUGUAAAGUUGAGACACUUAGGCUGCGUUGGUGUAAUAUCACAGAGAAAGGCUGUGCAGUGCUGGCCUCAGCCCUCAGCUCAAACUCCUCACAUCUGAAAAAACUGAAUCUGAGUUACAAUAAACUGCAGGAUUCAGGAGUGAAGCUGCUCUCUGCUGGACUGAAGAAUCCACACUGUAAACUGGAGACGGUGAGUCUUUAUAACUGCAGUAUUACAGAUGAAGGCUUUGCGGCUCUGGCCUUAGCUCUAAAAUCAAACCCCUCCUCACAGCUGAGAGAGCUGGAUGUGAUUGGCAAUCAACCAGGAGAGUCAGGAGUGAAGCUUUUCUCUGAUCUGUUGGAGGAUCCCUGCUGUAAACUGGAGAAACUGCACAUCAACCCACAGGAUUCGGAUGAGCUGUUAUGAGCUUCACACACAGAGGGUUAUGAGGAGACAAUGAAGUCUCAACUUAAACACACAUUCACUCUCAGUGAAAACUGAGCAGUCUGGUUCCAGAAGUAAAAGUCUCAUUAAUAAUCACCAUAUGGAAUUAGAUUUCUACCACUAAUAUUUUAUCCAGCCAACGUAGACUUACUACACGCUAAGAAACUGUGGGACGAUGGAGGAAGCAUGUGCUAGCCAUCAUCCUCCCAGCUCUAGUAGUAUCGCAUUACCUUGGGGACCUAGAUAUUGGGUGGAACUGGACAUGGAUAUGUUGUAUAUUCAUUAUUUAUUUCUUUAUUCAUUAUUUUUACAACAUUUGUUUUGAUAUGCGGCAUUGAGCAGAAGAAAAUGGCUUCACUAUCCAUAGGGGUCAACUUAUAUUUUACUGGUAUAAAAUAUACAGGGAUAUUUAGAUCAGUAGCAGCUAAUUUACCUGACUUAUAUACAGAGUGGGCAUGUAAAGACCUCAACUCUGUUUUAGGACAGCCCCCAAUAUUUUUUGGAGGGCACAUCACAUGCACAACAAGCUAACUCAGUUUAGGGUCAUCUCAGCUUGGCGAGGAUGGAGUGAUUUGAAAGAACUUGUGCUUGCUAGUCUGGUUUCUAGAGAAAAACAGGACUUAUUACUGUCUUUUUUAGAUUGUUACUGCCUCAGAAGUAUUGCAGUUUUGCUUUUAUUGACAUGUUAAAAGCAUUGGCUUUGAUUAUAAUGCUUAUAAAUGGCUUCAUAAUUACCUUACAGACCAACAGCAUUGUGUAGCUACUGGUAAUAUUAAAUCUCUUUCUGUAUCAGUUUUAGAAGAGGUUCCACAGGGCUCACUUCUGGGGCCUGUUUUGUUUGAAAUUUACAUAGAUAACAUAAUUUCCUUAUCUCAUAACUGGCUGUAAUGUACUCCUCUAUGUAAAUGACGGUUCUGCCAAUGCAGAAUAUUCACCAUCUGAGACCUUCCAAUUCUGCUUUGAUUAUUUACAAGUGUUAGAUCCUAAUCACAAAUUAUUCUUAAUGCCAAAAAAAGCUACAUUUAUAUUGUUUACCAGAGCCAACAUAUUGACUCUUGUAACGUGCCAACCAGAUUCAAACACUCGCGGAUUUAAAACACAACUGAGGCUUUACUGAAGGAUUCAAAGUCCAGAGUCAUCAUCACAAAACAGGCAGGGGUCAAAUCCAAAAGGCAUAGCAAAUUCAAACUGAUGUACAUAACACAAGGCGUGCAGUCCAAGAGGGAGAGGCAAAGGCAUCGUUGUAGAUGCAGGCAAAAAGGCCAUAAAACAGGAGACAGAUGAUGACGCAAGCAAUCCCAAGGGCCAAGGGCAAAAAGGCAGAGUCGAAAGAAGAAAAGGCAACGGUCAAACACAAAAACAACGGCUAGACCGCUCUGAACCGGAAGUUCAGAAGUCAUGUGAUCUCCCAGAGGAGUCCAGAGCCACGCUGGGACUCGGUGGAUGCAUUACAACUGUGGUAGCUCUACCAUGAAGAGUUUAUAACUGGGAAGAGUUACAGAGAACAAGUACCUUGGAAUUCAGCAAGAUGAGAAAAUAACUUUUAAAUAUCAUGUAAAUAAAGAAAAUUCAAAG